UUGUUUGACUCGUACUCGUGCUUAAAUUAAACUAAAGAUAUCAAAAGUGAAAAUGUUAAUAUUAAUAAAUAUAUUGCUAAUAAAUUCCGACUAAAACACAAUUUACACGUUGUGCUAAUGUAAAAUAAUUAUAGAGAAUAGACAAUUGUAUCAGAAUGGUGUUGAUACGCGAAUAUAGAAUCUGCUUGCCUCUGACAGUCGAAGAGUAUCGUGUAGGACAAUUGUAUAUGAUUGCUCGACACAGCCAUGAGCAAAGCAACAAUGGUGAAGGUGUAGAAGUCGUUGUCAACACAGAAUGUGAAGAUCCUGUUCACGGUAAAGGCAGAUAUACAGAAAAAAGGAUACAUUUAAACAGCCGGUUACCUUAUUGGGUCCAGUCUAUGCUACCGAAAUGGUUUUAUUUGCUAGAGAAGUCCUGGAAUUAUUUUCCAUUCACCAUGACUGAAUACUCUUGUUCGUUUGUACCAAAGUUCAAUGUAUCGAUAAUAACACGUUAUGAAGAUAAUAACGGCUCUAACGGUAACUGUCUGGGUCUAUCCCCAGAAGAAUUGGCGGUUCGAUCUGUCGAUCAUAUAGAUAUAGCUUACGAUGAAGUUUGUUCACAUCAUUAUUCGGAAAAUGAAGAUCCUAAAUAUUUCAAAUCCAAGUUGACCAAUCGGGGGCCCCUUGUCGAGGGAUGGAGGCAGAAGGAGUUUGAUCCUGACUCUACCGGUGCGACUCCUAUUAUGUGUUGUUAUAAACUCGUAAAAGUGUCUUUUGAUGUUUGGGGUGUACAGACGAGGGUUGAAGAGUUUGUACAUAAGUGCAUUCGAGAAACAUUAUUGCUGGGACAUAGGCAAGCAUUUACGUGGAUUGAUGAAUGGUAUUUGAUGACGGUAGAAGAUGUUUACAAAUACGAAGAACAAAUGCAGAAUGAAACCAACCAGAGGUUACGAGACUGUCUCAUGGGGGGUAUUGGAGCGUCGGGCGAUUUUGAAGAAGAUAACGCACUGAACGGGAUUGAACAACAUAUUUCUUCAAGCCCCAGCGGGAGAAGAAGGAGCCUGAAUCCAAACAGUGUUAAUAGCGUACAAGAAAAUAUUCAAUGAGGACAAAGAUAUGAAAUACGAAGGUAUCUUAUUGCUGAGUUGCACGAAUUUUAAAAUUGAACAAAAGAGUUGUUAAUCUGUAUCCG